CGAAGACUUGUACCGACUCACCCAAACAUUUAACGUAACUUUCAUCGUAGCUUUUUUUUAAUGAUUUCAUAAGGGAUAAUUGUUAAAUAUUUUCGGAAAUUUAUGUGUGUUAUAUCAAGAUGGCGUCCGUAAAGGGAUUCAGAAAGGAAAAAUAUCAAAAUAUCAAAGUGUUCGUGAGGCUCAGGCCUCUGAACCAACGGGAACGCGACACCAAGUCUCUCGGUGUAGUUGAAGUGAUAAAUGGAAGGGAAGUCAAUAUUCGACAAUCUCAUCAGAGUAGGCACACCAAAAGAUUUACCUUUGACCGAGCAUUCCCUCCCCUAACAAAACAGGUAGAAAUUUACCAAGAAGUGGUCAUUCCGUUGAUCCAGGAAGUGUUGGCUGGUUACAACUGCACAGUUUUUGCAUAUGGUCAGACUGGUACUGGCAAAACACAUACCAUGAUCGGUGAGGUUGCAGCUGAUGAAAUCACAUGGCAGAGUGAUCACCUCGCUGGUAUCAUUCCUCGUGCGCUCAGCCAGAUUUUCGAUGAGCUACGUAUGUCGAACACAGAGUACACUGUCCAGGUUUCAUACUUGGAGCUCUACAAUGAGGAAAUGUUUGACUUACUCUCCUCAUCGGUAGACAACUCCAAGUUAAGAAUUUAUGAAGAUGUCAACAAGAAGGGUGCCAAUAUAGUGAUGGGCUUGGAAGAGAUAACUAUUUAUAACAAGAACGAUAUUUACAAGAUCUUGGCUCAAGGGCAGGAACGGAAGAGGGUUGCCGCAACUCUAAUGAAUGCUAAAUCUAGCCGCUCGCAUACUGUUUUCACAAUAGUCAUCCAUAUGAAGGAAAAUAAUUCGGAAGGUGAGGAGCUCGUCAAGAUUGGAAAGCUGAAUCUUAUUGAUCUGGCCGGUUCGGAAAACAUAAGCAAAGCGGGUUUAAAUAAACCUGCGAAGAAAGAAAUGGCUAGGGAGUGCGCGAACAUUAACCAGUCCCUGUUGACGCUUGGUAGAGUCAUCACCGCGCUCGUGGAGAGACAUCCGCAUAUACCAUACAGAGAGUCAAAACUGACAAGGAUUUUACAGGAAGCACUGGGCGGUCGUACGAAGACAUCCAUUAUAGCGACCAUCUCGCCCGGGCACAAAGACAUCGAGGAGACUACGAGCACUCUAGAAUAUACAUACCGAGCUAAGAACAUCCAGAACAAGCCUGAAGUCAACCAGAAGAUGACUAAGAAGGUGGUCCUGCAAGAUUACGCCGAAGAGAUUCAUCGGCUUGAGAGGGAUCUACAAGCAGCUAGAGAAAAAAAUGGUGUAUACUUGGCGAAUGAUACAUUCGUGGAGAUGGCGCUUAAACAAGAAGAACAACGCAAGGAAGUCCAAGAGUUGCUUAUGAAGAAUCGCACCAUGGAGGAGGAACGUGAGCAUAUGGAAACUGUCUUCAAAGAGCUCAACUGCUCUUUAGAGGAGCACAAGCAGAAACUAAACUCAACAGUGGACAAGCUCGCUAAGACUAAUAAUGCAAUCACCGAGGAGAGAGAUCACAUAGAAAAAUACUUAGCCGAGCAGGUAACGGCCGUAGAGAGAGAGAAGUCGGAGUGCCAGUCGCGUCUGCUCCGGUGGGCGGCGGAGGAGCGAAGGCUUCUGGAGGAGCGCAUCGAACGUCGCAUUACCGCCGAGAGGACCGUCCUGGAGCAAAGUAUGAGCCAGAAACUUAGAGAUAUAGAAAAUCAGAGGGUUAUGUUUAAGCAGAGGACGGAACAAAAUAUUGAGCUGCUCUAUAUGCUAAAAGAUUGUCAGGAAGUCGAGGACCAGAAUGAAGAAUAUUUAUUAGAACGAGAGAAUGAGUUGGAGAAGUGUUUAAAUGACGUUAAUUUCUUUAUAGACGAAUAUGAAAAGGGCAGCACUCCGCUGAGCGCGCUGGCCGCGUCCUCGCCGCCCGCACGCGCGCUCCCCGCCUACUAUAAGGACUGCGUCUUAGUGAAGACCGAAAGCGAAGUACGAAGCGACAGCGAGUUGUCCGCCUCCGAGAACUCUGCCGACUUGUUCCCGACUCCCUUCCCGCCUGACUCGGUCAACCAACAAAACUCCUGAGCUGUAUACGCUGAAUUAAUAUUGCGACAACAGGAUCAACUGGUUAUGGAGAAUGUGAACCGCUCGCUGUCGUUCAAGAAGCCGGCCAAGCAGCCGACCAAGCAUCCGGCGCCCACCUCGCACAAGAAACCGCUGUUCGAGAGGAACGCCGACUGACGGCAGCAUAGACACAAUUAUAUAAACUCCACGACUUGAAAUUUAUUGACGCUCGCUUGCUUCAGGCAAGUGGUUGCAAGGAUAUAAACAUCGACGCUGCUCUGCGUGACAGAGCACAGAACGCUAUGACUAUAAUAUGA